AUGGCUCAUAAGAAAGCCGGUCGUAGAAAUCACACGAAAGAAAGAGAAAACCAAGAGAAAUUUGAACGUUCAGUAACUACCAAUAAUACUGAUAAUAACCGUAAUCAAACCAAGGAUAAAAAACUGAGAGCUGGCUUGAAAAAAAUAGAUGAGCAAUAUAAAAAGGCAGUAUCUUCUGCCGCGGCUACAGAUUACCUUCUCCCUGAGUCCAAUGGUUAUUUGGAACCAGAAAAUGAACUUGAAAAGACUUUCAAAGUACAACAGUCGGAAAUCAAAUCGAGCGUAGACAUUACCACAGCGAACAAAGCUUUAGACCUAUCGUUGAAGGAAUUCGGUCCCUAUCAUAUGAACUAUGCCAAAAACGGUACACAUCUUCUGAUCACUGGCCGAAAAGGUCAUGUGGCUUCUAUGGAUUGGAGAAAAGGUCAACUUCGUACUGAGCUGUUUUUGAAUGAAACCUGUCACUCAGCGACGUACUUGCAGAAUGAACAAUAUUUUGCUGUGGCACAAAAGAAGUAUACUUUCAUUUAUGACUACGAAGGUACAGAACUACAUCGUUUGAAACAGCAUAUCGAGGCAAGACAUUUAGAAUUCUUACCAUAUCAUUUUCUACUAGCGUCCGCGGGUGAGACAGGUUGGUUAAAAUACCAUGAUGUUUCCACAGGUCAACUGAUCUCAGAAUUAAGAACCAAAGCUGGUCCCACCACAGCAAUGACACAAAAUCCGUGGAAUGCUGUAAUGCAUUUAGGUCAUUCUAACGGUACAGUAUCACUGUGGUCGCCUUCCAUGCCCGACCCAUUAGUAAAAUUACUCUCUGCUAGGGGCCCAGUGAAAAGCAUUGCCAUCGAUAGAAGUGGUUAUUACAUGGUCACCACAGGUGCUGAUAAAUCGAUGAAAAUUUGGGAUAUUAGAAACUUCAAACAACUGCAUUCUAUCGAAAACUUACCAACACCAGGCACAAAUGUUUCUAUUUCGGAUACUGGUCUACUAGCAUUGUCCAGGGGACCGCAUGUUACUUUAUGGAAAGAUGCGUUGAAACUGAGUAGAGAUAGUAAACCGUGCUUUGGUUCCAUGGGAGGGAACCCUCAUAGGAACACUCCUUACAUGUCACAUCUGUUUGCUGGUAAUAAAGUAGAAAAUAUGCGAUUCGUACCAUUUGAAGAUUUAUUGGGUGUCGGUCACCAAACAGGUGUUACCAAUUUAAUUGUGCCAGGUGCAGGUGAAGCUAAUUACGAUGCUUUAGAAUUAAAUCCAUUCGAAACUAAGAAACAAAGACAAGAACAAGAGGUCAGAACCUUAUUAAACAAGCUACCAGCGGAUACUAUUACUUUGGAUCCAAAUUCCAUAGGUUCUGUGGAUAAAAGAUCAUCCACCAUAAGGUUAAAUGCUAAGGAUUUGGCGCAAGUGACAGUGGACGCCAGUAACAAGUCCAAAAACAAUAGUGAUAUUCCCGAUGUAAAACCUGAUGUGAAGGGUAAGAAUUCCGGUCUGCGUUCCUUCAUGCGUAAAAAGACUCAAAAUGUUAUUGAUGAGAGGAAAUUGAGAGUACAGAAACAAUUGCAUAAAGAGAAAAACAUUCGCAAAAGAAAUCAACAGAUCAAAGAGGGUGUGAUCUCGGAAGAUCAUAAAGAUGUCGUCGAAGAAGCAUUAAGCAGAUUUGCUUAG